AUGGGUAGACUUCACAGCAAGGGAAAGGGCAUUUCCGCCUCCGCGCUCCCAUACUCUCGCGCCGCACCUGCGUGGUUGAAGACCACCCCCGAGCAGGUCGUUGAGCAGAUCUGCAAGCUCGCCAGAAAGGGUGCUACCCCUUCGCAGAUUGGUGUCAUUCUGCGUGACUCCCACGGCGUUGCCCAGGUCAAGAUUGUCACCGGUAACCGAAUUCUGCGAAUCCUGAAGUCUAACGGCCUUGCCCCCGAGCUUCCUGAGGACCUGUACAUGUUGAUCAAGAAGGCCGUCGCCGUCCGCAAGCACCUCGAGCGCAACCGCAAGGACAAGGACUCCAAGUUCCGCCUUAUUCUCAUCGAGUCCCGAAUUCACCGUCUGGCUCGUUACUACAAGACCGUCGGUGUCCUGCCUCCUACCUGGAAGUACGAGUCUGCCACUGCCUCCACCAUUGUCGCAUAA